AGUAAACAACCCGCAGCUGACGUGGAGCUGCAGAGUGUCUGAAACCGAACAGGACAAACUGAACGAUCUGGAUGAUCUGGAGCUGAACCAGCUGCUCUAGAGGAACAUCACCGCUCCAGUUGAUGUGUAGUGUUCGUGUUUACUAACUGAACCCUGCUGGUGUCGGUUAAACUCUCUGGAUUAACAGUUAAACCUCGUUUAGAGCCGGAACCAGCAGGAUAAGAUGGCUGCUGCUGCGGAGGAGGCCAGCAGACCGUUCGCUGGACUCUCUGAUGUCUCCAUCUCAGAGGACAUCCCGGUGGAAGGAGACAUCUCUGUCCCUCUGGGUCCGUCCAGCAGCAGGCGGGACGACGAGCUGUCCACGCUGGACGAGCCGGUGAAGGAGACCAUCCUGCGGGACCUGAGAGCGGUGGGGCAGAAGUUCAUCCACGUCCUGUACCCGAAGAGGAGCUCCGCUCUGCUGCGGGACUGGGACCUCUGGGGGCCCCUGCUGCUCUGCGUGACGCUGGCGCUGCUGCUGCAGGGAGGGGCCGCGGACAGCGAGGCUCAGGGGGGGCCACAGUUCGCCGAGGUCUUCGUCAUCGUCUGGUUCGGCUCCAUCAUCAUCACCCUGAACUCCAAGCUGCUGGGCGGCACCAUCUCCUUCUUCCAGAGCCUGUGCGUGUUGGGAUACUGCAUCCUGCCCCUGACGGCGGCCAUGGCCGUGUGCCGGAUCGUCCUGGUCGGCGGCUCGGGGACGGUGAGCUUCGCCGUGCGUCUGGUGGUGGUGACGGCGUCCUUCGGCUGGUCCACCUUCGCCUCCACGGCCUUCCUCGCCGACAGCCAGCCGGCCAACCGCAAGGCGCUGGUGGUGUACCCGGUGUUCCUCUUCUACUUCGUCAUCGGGUGGAUGAUCCUGACGUUCUCGCCGUCACAGUAGAGGAGAAACUAAAGGGAGCGUUUGUUGAACGGACAAAGGUGAGGGAGGUUUUUGUGGAGUGAAAGAACUCAAACAAACACCGGUAUCUGCCUUGGAACGAAGAUGAAUGACUACUGACGUGACUGUGAGUGUUUCUGGGCCUCUGAUGAAGCAUUUAGACUCACAGGACACCAAAAUAAUUCCCUUCAGGUGAAGCUCAGAUUCAGAGAAAUCCGGUGGACGCUGUGAUGCAGAUGGAGAGUUAAAAAGCUGAUGAAUAAGUUCACAUUUAGGAGCCUUGUAAAAAAAAAAAAAAAAAAGGUCCAUAAGCUUGUAUAUAGAAAUGCUCUAUGAAUGUUUGAACUCC